AUGGAUUCGCCGCCGAAACGAAUAACGCGAGCUCGAGCCGCGGCCAAGGCCAAUGCAUCAACCGCCGUGAGGACGACCAAGAUUGUCACUGCAGCCGCCAGGGCCAAGGCGGCCGGGUCCGCGGCCGCAAGCAUGACAACUGCGACCAAGAGGAAGUCGCCAUCCGACGACGAUGACGACGAGGGCGAGGCGCGCGCUCGCCGCCUACGAGGCCGUCCCCGCCGGGCCACGGGCACCGCCGCCGUUGCUGCCGCCUCCCUGCGCACCGAACCUGCGCGAACGACACGCGCCACACGCGCCACACGCACCACGACGAGAACAUCGCCCGUGGAGCAACCUCCCAAGGAAGAGCCCGCCAGACCGACCGCCCCCGCGCGAGGCCGCCCACGGAGAAACACGGCCACAUCCACAGCCUCUACGGCCAAGAGGACCGCCGCCACGACGGGCGCGAUGCGGUCUCGCCCCGCAGUCACUGUGAGCGAACCAGUCGUCAACAAGAGUGUCAAGUUUGACGAGCCGGACAAGGAAAACAUGAGCGUCGCUGUUGCGGAAAAGGACGCCGACCACCCCCACCGGCUCGCCCGCUCGGCCCGUAGGCCCCCAACGCCGGCGAGCAAGGGCGCUAUGAGCGCUGCUGCGGCGGACAAGAAGAAGCCUCUGAGCCCGCGUAAGGUGACACAGAUUCCAGUACUGCGCCUGGAGGAGGAUUUGGCCGGUGAUGGGAGCCCCCGCAGGAACGGGGCGACGGAGCCGGUCAAUGUGACGCCGGUGAAGAGGAGCGUCGAUCCGGUCAUGUUUGAAAAGGACGCAGACUCUACGAUUACGGUCAAUGCAGCUAUUCUCGGCCCCCCCGAGGCGACAACCACGGUCGCCCUCGGCUCGCCUCCCCGGCGACCACCGGCAUCACCCACCAGAGACACCUUCAAGUCCCCGGCCAAGAAGAUGAGCGGUAUUGCGUUCCCAGGCUCGCCGACAAAGUCAAACGCCUUUUCGAGAGAGAAUGCCAUAAAGACGGGCGCAGCAUCCAAAAACGCACUAUUCCAAACACCGGCCAAGCGGCCCCCGUCGCCCAUUAAGGGCAGGGCCUUCCCCCUGACCAGCAAACCACAGAGCAACCAGGACGCCUUUAAAGCAUCGUUGUUUCAGUCUCCCGCAAAACGUGCGGCGCCCCGGAGCCUCAAGCCCGUGUCGGAGGGACCUUUGGCUGCCAUUUGCGAGACGCCUGCAAUGAAACCUUUUGCGGCAUCCACGUCAGUGCUCACCGACUCUCAUCGCCCCGCCGAGAAGCUUACGUUUGAAGAAAACCCAACAACUCAACGCUUCCCGGAGGAGGUCCUCGCGAACCCCGUCAUCGAAUCCUACUUCAACGGCCGGCUGUCUGACGUGGUGCCGCGCGACGAUGCCGACGAGGGACUGGAUGAGGACUCGGAGAAGGUUGAGCUGGUGCACACGUUUUCCUUUUAUGAGCAGGUGGAUGGGGCCGCGACCCCGAGACUCGACAUGACGCCCAGUCGCCAGUCUUUUAGCUCUGGUGAUAGCUCGGUUGACUUGACCGAGGUCAGAAGAGCUGUGACUACUCCUCUGCGGGUAGCGACACCGCAAGGUGCUAGCUUUCAGCUCCGAGACAAGGAUGUCGACCCUUGCCACGACAUGACGACAAUGUCCGACUCUGACGAUGAGUUGGGCCUUGACGAGGACUUGUCUACAUUCACACCGAGCUUCAACAAGAAAAGGCGGUCCACUAUGGGUCUUACAAGUCUGGCUCACACGCUUAACGCUUGGUCUUCUGAAGGUAUACCCCCCGCCAAUGAGGCCAUUCAGCGCGCCUCAGGCCUGCGGCGUGCCUUGACCAUUGUACCGGUCGCUGAACCGUCUCCCAUGAAGACGAGCUUCUUUGAGGAUCAGAUGCAGACCCAGAAGGAGCAGGAUGAAGACAGUGGCGAGAUUGCAGACGGUGAAAUCUCUGAGCCAUCGUUUGACGAGGACAUCCGAGUCACUGGUGAGGACCUUGCCCUCGCGCAGGAAGCAGAGGACUUGUCGCUGCUGCACGAGAGUCCGUGUGCCGACCGGGGCGUGGCCAAGUCUUUCUCCGACUCCCUAUCUGAAGCGAGCCAGGAGUAUGGUGAUGAGAAUGAGCUUCCUGUUGAUCCUGCCCUCAACGGCCUUCGCAUGUGGCCACCGGCAACACCUGCGCGGUCUGUCAUGAGAAACUGCUCUACAACAACCAAGGUACCGCUGAAGCCCGCGGACGAGUCGAGCCCAACAACGUUUCGCCGCUUCAGCACCUCGCGUAUCCCUCACAAUGGCACCAGAAACUUGUCCAAGAGUGCUACUGUCAACUCUUACUCUCCCGAAAAAACGAGCUCUGACGUGUACGGCAUGGACCAUGAGCCUGCGACCUCUGCCAGCAAAUGUGACAUGUGGUCGAACAUGGGGACCCCUGCCUGCAGUCCCCGACGUGGUGCCAGCUCGCCUCUCCUGCGUGGCGCAGUCGUCUUUGUCGAUGUCCAUACCAGCGAAGGAGCCGAUGCCAGCCUGAUUUUUGUGGAUCUGCUGACGCAAAUGGGAGCCAAGUGUGUCAAGACGUGGAGCUGGAACCCAGACGGUGCGUCUCACGCCGAGUCGUCUUCGAAUAGAAUCGGAAUCACGCACGUGGUAUUCAAAGACGGCGGCAAAAGGACCAUGGAAAAGGUCAGACGGUCGAAUGGUGUCGUGCAGUGUGUGGGCGUCAGCUGGGUCCUCGAUUGCGAAAAGGAGAAUGAGUGGCUCGACGAGAGCCCGUACCUUGUCGACACAGCCUUUGUGCCCCGCGGCGGCGCCCGUCGUCGCAAGAGCAUGGAGCCCAAGGCCUUGGCCAACAACAAUGGCACCCUGGUCAGCACGCCGGCGAAGCAGACGAGCUCGUAUAACCGUCGCCAGAGCGGCAUCUGGAUGCAGACGCCGCCGGAGCAGACAGGAGGCCAGGAGGGUGAAGGCGACGAUAUCGAGUGGUCCGAGUUUAUCCUCACGCCGGUCCCCAAGACGCCGAACCCGGAGGCAAUAUCCAAGUAUGCAACUAAUGAGCCUGAAACACCAUCGCAGGGUAAUGACAGCCGCCUGUCACCCUCGCGGGAGGACAUGCUUAUGAGGACGUGCCCGCCCAAGUCGAGCGGCAUCGGCGUCUAUGAUCAGUUGGGCGUGGGUAUGGGUAUGCUGAGCUCUCAUAAAGAUGAAAAGGUGCUUAUGCGCCUAAUGGCGGCUCGCCGCAAGAGCUUGCAGUUUGCUCCCAAGAUUGCUAGCCCACUAUCCAAGUCUUGGUACUAA